UUCAAAACGAGGUUGUCCUCUAGCACGGUUCUUCCGUCGGGAGAAACGACUACAUUUUCAAGAUCAUGAUGCUGUCGACACUCGCUUUGCGGACAGGUGCUUUCCGGUCCCUAGCCAAACCACAAGCAACACAGAGGGCAAUUGUUUUGGUGCAGAAUAGAUGUGCGUCCAGUGGAUUAACCGAGCAGAUAGAGAAAUGGGAUAGUGCCAACCAAAUUUUCUAUGGUCCUGAGCGCGACACUAAGAACUUCCCACACCCCGUGCAGCCAGAGACCAGUCCUCCUGUUCGUCUAGGCUUUAUCCCAGACGCAUGGUUCCAGUUUUUCUACAACAAAACUGGAGUGACUGGUCCUUAUCUUUUCGGCACUGGUUUGGUUCUCACUUUGCUGUCUAAGGAAAUCUGGGUGAUUGACCACAAUUUUUCUGAGGUUAUUGGCUUCUGGGGAGCCUUCAUUUUCCUCACCAAGAAAUUGGGACCUUUUAUGAAUAAACACUUAGACCAGUCUGUACAGGCGGUGAGAGAGGAUACUUAUGAAAGACCUCUAGCUGAAGGAAAGGUGGCCUUUGAAAACACAAUAAAGGAAGCAGAACUAGACAUCUGGAGAGAAGAUGGACAGAAAUAUAUAUUUGAAAGUAAAAAGGAGAACAUUGACCUUCAGCUAGAGGCCAUCUACAGGAAAAGGUUGCAGGAAGUGUAUCAGCAGGUGAAAAGGAGACUGGACUACCAGCUGGACAUCCAAAACACCAAGAGAAGGUUUGAGCAGGAGCACAUGGUGAACUGGAUAGUCAAUGGUGUAGUCAGCAGUAUCACCCCCCAGCAGGAGAAGGAGAGCAUCAGCAAGUGUAUAGCUGACCUGAAGACCUUAUCGGCAUCAUAAGGAAGCCAUUUUAGCUGAUUGUUAUGUGAAUUACUAAAUGGAGACCAGUACAGACUACACCACAAUCUGUUUGACAAAGUAGUGUGACCAGACCUUUCAAGAGGGACAUCAUUUAUCAGGACAAAACUGUCAUUAUAGCUCUUUAUGCCUCGCACUUGUGUGUUUAUGUAAAUUAACAGUAUGGAAUAAACCUGCUAUUCCCUUAGA